AAUUCUGAAGAUUUGUUUGAAAUAAGGUUUUGUGUAAUUUUAGAUCCAUUAAUAGAUACAGUAGUGAACUUGAAUCAACAAGAUCCUGCAAGUCUGGAUAAACAAAUAAUUACAAAUUUAGAAAUGUUAAAUCAAGAAAAUUUGAAUCAACAAGUUACGAAUUUGGAUCAACAAGCAAUUAAUCAACAAAUAGAUAAAAAU